GAUAACGUCCGGCAACCCGGUGACCGGGCCGAUUUCAAGAACAUAAAAGCUAGCUAUUAUUGCAUUUAUGUGGCAUACUAUCAUGACUAAAUAUGUAAGAUGAUUUCGUCCUUCUGUUGCAAACAUGGAUGAAGCAUGAAGUGAGAUGACUACGCAGUGUCACUCACAGCCCUGGUAGGACGUCCGACCAUGGAUGAGGAAGCUGACUGGGCUAAAAUUAAAAACACAGUGUUCUCGAGUACACUAAAGUGAAUGGACUGAAGACCGUGUAGGUAGACAUAAAUUGCCCGAUGUACGUUAUUGAUGUAAAACAAACUUCUUGAACUAUGUAGACGAAGAAUUGGGCAUGUUGUUGGAACACUUCGACUAGAACAACAACAAGUUCGACAGUGUGAUGCAUUGCGAUGCCGUUAGUUGAUAACUCAUCUCCGGGGUCUUCUCCGACAAAAGGAAGAAAGAAUGAUUCAGGUUCAAAAUUACAGCCUGUUACAGGCUUAUUAAGAUGCAGCAGGCUUGUGUGGUUUUUGAUACUAUUAGUCGUAUUCAUUGGUGGGGCAAACUUUUUAUUCUACUGGCAGCAAGAUGGUGAGGUUCAGACUGAGCUGGUAAAGAUAGCUCCUGCAAGGGUUGCAGGAGGAGUAAACAUCUUCAGCAAGCUCGCAGGGUCGCAAACAUCAAAUCCUACCCAAGUCGUUACCCAUCGGGCCGUGACGUCACAGCAGCCAAACUUGACUACAUCUCAAGCAACCCCCAAGACUUCGAUGAGCGUUGAUUUUAACAAUCCUACCGACGCUGCGCAUUCUUUUUUUACAGUCAAGCAAAUAGACGCUUCGUUGCACUAUACGUUGUGCGACAAACUGGAGCUUCAUAUUGAGGUGCGGGAUCGUCACAACAAGCUGAAGACGUAUGGCGGAGAUUACUUCUGGGUGAAGAUAUUUAGCAACGAUCUGGACGCCAGUCAAGCAGCAGACACAAUCACCGACCACCAAAACGGCACCUACACGGCAGAGUUUGUCCUGCACUGGACAGGCAAUGUCCACAUGAAGGUUGUUCUGAUUAAGUCCAGCGAGUACGUGGCUCUGCUCAGGCACCACCGCGAGAUCGGUCCGGCCCGGUUUGCCUACGACGGCAUGUUCAUUCUCGGAAACCAAAAAGAGUUAAUGCCGUGUCACAUCACGAAAGACAUGUACCUCGGAUCUCUGGAGUCUCAGCGAUCCCGGGGGUUCUGCGAUUUCUCGGACCGUGCCCUCGGCUAUCCGUGGUUCUGUCUCAAGCCGAAAACUUUGCCGUGUAGUGCCUGGGCACAGCACAUGGGGGUUCUUCCGCGUGGUCACCAGUAUAGUAGCGUCUUGGCGAAGCAGGAGAACGCAUCGGUUCAACACAGGUUUGCAAACAUCAGACAGACUGGAGCAAUAGCAAUACAAGUAGUUUCCAUUGGGAACACGUCUGAGAUGAGCACCUGUACUGCCCCUCUCCAACCAUGUACCCAGGGAAUUGCCCCUCGCCCUCCUUCGUCAGUUGCCGGUUUUUACUUCCGGAAGGAGUGGCACUCCCUCACUUGCCAACUGAAACCUUUCGUGACAGAAGCUGCCUUAAACUGCCUGAGAGAUCACCGAUUAUAUUUCUUCGGCGACUCCACAAUCCGCCAGUGGUUCGAAUAUCUGUCCGUUCGAUUAGGCCAGAGCAUGCAGGAGAAACACAUGCAGACUAGUCAACACUGCGGACCGCGCUUUGCUGAGGAUAAAUCCAGCAACCUAACUAUUUUCUACCGGCAUCACGGCUAUCCCAUCCGCGCCACUUGGACAAACGUUCAGGAUAUUAAGUACACGGCGCACGAAAUUGAUGGCUUGCAGGCCGGGCCGAACACUGCCGUUUUUUUGACGUUCUGGGCUCAUUUUACGCCGACUACUAUUGAGUUUUACCUUGAACGAUGGAAGGCAGUUAAGGAGGCGAUCAGGAGACUGCGAAAGCGAGACCCGAACACCCCGGUCUUUAUUAAAUCUGCCAACACAAGGGAGCAACAGGGUAUGGACAUGAGUAACUGGUACGCCAUGGAGCUAGAUAAAGUGAUGCGAGAGGAUUUGAUAAACGAACCCGGCGUGACGAUCAUUGAUGUGUGGGAUAUGACCCUAAGCCACUCAUCUGGGUAUCGCAUUCACCCGGUUGAAGCCAUCAUCUCACAAGAAAUUAAAGUUGCUCUUAACUUUCUGUGCCCAAUGACAGUGGCAUAGUCAGUGGCAUUGCGAGGAGGGAGCCACCACCCCUUGGAACCCUAGCCCCCCCCCCCCCCUCGUCUUGUCCUUCUAGUCCCCUGCAUCGUACACGAUGAGUUAUCAUAUGCCUACACAAUAAGUUUGGAUUUGUUGUCAUGUACAUACAUGAUAAGAUGUUUAUUUUUUUAUUCAUGUGUCGGCAAUGUAGUGACUUCUCUGGUAGUAAUAGAAAGCACUUUUAAUAAUACAUUUGUAAUAAUAAUAGCAAGUUCUUAAUAAUAAUAUUUCACAAUAACCCGCUCAAUGAGCUUUACAACUCUUAAUGUUUCAGUGCUGCUUUAAGGUAAUUUUUUUAACAUAAAUUUGAAUCUUUGUUUUAAGUCAGAGUAUAGCUUUGGAUUUUGGAACCGUUUCCGCGCGGUAACUUAAGUUCAUGUGGUGCCGGGAUGUGUAACAUCCAAAACUUUUUCUAUUGCAGCUAUCAAGCCUCAUUACUGACAGGUACCAAAAUAUCUUCACACAUCUCUCCUAUUCUACACAAUCUCUAUUGGUUACCCAUUCAUUUCAGAAUUCAAUACAAGAUCAUCCUUCUGACAUUCAAGGCUAUCCAUGGACUAGCCCCUACCUACAUACAGAGCAUGCUUCAGCCCCGUAGUGUCAGGCCGGGUCUGAGGUCAUCAGGCAGCAUGCUCUAUGUUGAGGCCUGACAUCCUUCUGACAUUCAAGGCUCUCCAUGGACUAGCCCCUACCUACAUACAGAGCAUGCUUCAGCCCCGUAGUGUCAGGCCGGGUCUGAGGUCAUCAGGCAGCAUGCUCUAUAAUGAGGCCUGACAUCCUUCUGACCUUCAAGGCUCUCCAUGGACAAGCCCCUACCUACAUACAGAGCAUGAUUCAGCCUCGUAGUGUCAGGCCGGGUCUGAGGUCAUCGGCCAGCAUGCUCUAUGUUGAGGCCUGACAUCCUUCUGACAUUCAAGGCUCUCCAUGGACUAGCCCCUACCUACAUACAGAGCAUGCUUCAGCCCCGUAGUGUCAGGCCGGGUCUGAGGUCAUCAGGCAGCAUGCUCUAUGUUCCUCUGACCCGUUUAUCCAGCUAUGGGGAUAGGGCCUUUAGUAACAGUUCACCAGCGCCUCUGGAACUCUCUGCCUCAACAUCUCAAGGACACACAUGACAUCUCAAAACCCAUCUCUUUACAUUAGCCUAUAAAGAUAUCAAGUGAAAUUUUCUUCUUGUGCUUGACCAGCGCCUUUGAAUGUCACACAGAUAAAGUGCGCUUUACAAAUGCUGUGUUAGUAUUAUUAUUAUGUGACGGUAACUUGAAUGUGCAGUUUUACAAAAUCUGUGUAUUCAGAAAAGAAAUGCCUGAUCAAGCUGAAUUCUUGCAUUGAACAUUGGCAGACAAUUGAACCUCAACAUGAAGAGGACACAAACAUUAAAUCAAUCGUUUAUAAAAUUUAUUUAAAAAAUUCAUAUCUCCUGAACCAAAUGUUGGAUUAUUACAAUCUAGAUCAUCGGAAAGAUCUUCAAACACUGAACAAACAUUAAACACAUGUGACCCCAGUUUGACCUUGCUCUCCUGGGUUAAGUCUGAAGUGAUGUCACACAAACUGAAUGUUGAGUUUAUUGUUGUUCUAAGUCACAGUAAUCUCUAGCCAUAUGGGAACAUGUAACCCAUAUGUGUACCUGUUACCCAAAUUGGUAUCUGUUAACCCAUAUCGGUAUCUGUUAACCCGUAUGGGUCUUUGAAAAUUUGUAGCCACCAUUGCCUGAAAGGUGUUUAUAACAACCAAGUCAUCUCACCACAAGAGGACACAAAUUUUAAAUUGACCACAUAUUUGUACCUGUAUUCCCAUAUGGGCAUGUAUUCCCCGUACGGGUACCUGUAACCCAAUUGGGUACCUGUAACCCAAACGGGUACCAAUAAUCAAAUGGGUACCUGUAAUCAAAUGGGUACCUGUAACCCAAAUAGGUACCUGUAACCCAAAUAGGUACCUGUAACCCAAAUGGGUACCUGUAACCCAAAUGGGUACCUGUAACCCAAAUGGGUACCUGUAACCCAAAUGGGUACCAAUAAUCAAAUGGGUACCUGUAACCCAACUAGGUACCUGUAAUCAAAUGGGUACCUGUAACCCAAAUAGGUACCUGUAACCCAAAUAGGUACCUGUAACCCAAAUGGGUACCUGUAACCCAAAUGGGUACCUGUAACCCAAAUGGGUACCUGUAACCCAAAUGGGUACCAAUAAUCAAAUGGGUACCUGUAACCCAACUAGGUACCUGUAAUCAAAUGGGUACCUGUAACCCAAAUAGGUACCUGUAACCCAAAUAGGUACCUGUAACCCAAAAGGGUAUCCAUUAACCCAUAUGGGUUACACUCUUUGAAGAUUGUUAUCCACCAUUGCCAUAGAGUUGUUUCUAAUGACCAAACAUCUCACCACAAGCGGACACAAACUUUCAAAUGACAGCACAUCAAUCUUUUAUAAUAUUUGUACCUGUUAUCCCAUAUGGGUACAUGUUCCCAGUAUGGGUACCUGUAACCCAAAUGGGUAUCCAUUAACCCAUAUGGGUUACACUCUUUGAAGAUUUUUAUCCACCAUUGCCAGAGAGUUGUUUCUAAUGACCAAACAUCUCACCACAAGAGAACACAAACUUUCAAAUGACAGCACAUCAAUCUUUAAUAAUAUUUGUACCUGCUAUCCCAUACGGGUACAUGUUCCCCAUAUGGGUACAUGUUCCCUGUAUGGGUACCUGUAACCCAUGGGUAUCUGUUAACCCACAUGGGUCAUACUUUUGAAGAUUUUUAGCCAUCAUUGCCAGAGAGUUGUUUCUAAUGACCAAACAUCUCACCACAAGAGGACACAAACUUUCAAAUGACAGCACAUCAAUCUUUAACUAGACAUUAGGUGUUUGUGAACAAACACAAAGCUGUUCCGUGUUCUUUUGCUUUGAUUAUGUGUUAAA